AUGGCGUCCGAUGGAGAAUGGGAGAUGGUUGCAGAGAAGCAGGUGGAGAGCCCUCCAGAGGUCUAUGAUCACAUCGAAAGCAAUUCCUUGAAGGCUGCCUCAGUACAGGUAAACGAGAAGACCUUGUUUUACUGCUUGCAGCCCAAGGAAGCUUUGCCGAAGGAAGCGGCCCGGCUUUGCUCCUCCAACCUCAGUAUCAGGUGCAACACUUGCAUCAAGCGCAUCCCAAUCUUCGCACAGCUCGUGGGCUCUGAGGGGGAACAUGUCUACCUCAAGGAGGAGUUGGAUGAUGCGAACGUGAAGGCGCUUCGAUCAAUGCGUAACAAGAUCAAGAGCAGCGAUCCUGCUGACUACCAUUUGGUGCUGAUUGAUGAUGAGUUCUUCCAGGCCAAUCCUAAGGAGGUGGGCCCCUUCUGCCAUGUACACUUCUUGAAGGAACAGGUCUCCGAUGCCCAGCUCAGUGAGAGGAUCAAGAAGCUGAAGAAUUACCUCAAUGGUAGCUUUGAGAAUCGUUUCCAAAGAUUGGUCGAUGAUCCCAAUUCCUUGAAGGUGAUCCUCGAUGUCUUGCCCGAACUGGUGCGGCCAGAUCACUGGAGGGGUGUGGUGACCUGGGCGGUGAACCUCUCAGGUGUUGCAGAGGGUCGAAAGUGGCAAGACAUGGCUGUACAUGAGAAGUUUCAGGUCAUGGUCUAUGCCAUGCUCACCGGACGUGCAAGUGAUUCGAUCCAUUUGGACAUGCAGCAGGCGGGUAACUUGGUGGACUUCAUGGACAGUGCCGAGAGCCGCGAAGCCUUGAAGGCCAUGAUGGAUGACCGAAGCAACCCAGAGACCUACCAAGUCUCCCGCGUCGCAGAUCGGCUGCGUGAGAAUCGUGUGUCCUCCCUUUGUACAGUGACGCUCAUGUGGGGCUUGGAUGGAGCCCCUCACCAGUCAGACCUGGACAUACACACUGUGGUGAAUGGCAUUGAGCUCUUCUAUGGCAACCCACAGGUGGGGAAGUGCAAGCUGGACUUUGAUGCCAACGCCUCCAGGAUAGAGCAGAAUCCUGCGGAGAACAUCUCCUUGAACCAAGUGGGAACUUUUGUGAUCAUGGUGAACAACUACAACAACCGUGACAACAAGGAUGUUCCCUUCAAGGUCACUGUCAGGAAGUCUGGCCAAGAGGUGGCGGAGCAUGAGGGCACUUGGCCACGGACGCGCGCCAAGGGCAACAAGAUGACGGUGUGUCAGGUCACGGUGCUAGCAGAAGACCUGGUGGAGAAGCCAGUUGAGCUGUCGGAGGCAGAGCAGAAGAAGUUGGCAGCCAAGGAGGCAGAAUGGUCUAAGCUCUUCGGAGAACCAAGGGCUUUAUUGGCUUCAGAGACUGACGUUGACAUGCAUCUGGUGAGCCGUUCGAAUGGUUACCCUGCAACACAGGGAGCACAGCAGCGCUUUCAGGAGUUACUCCAACCAAAGGCGAAGAAGCAAAGCCUGGCGGAGCGCUGUAAGGCUGAAGAAUUGGACGGCUUCAUUGAGCGCGUGACCUCCAAGGGCUUCCCUUGUCGGCUGGAAGUCGAUAUCCGAAACUUCGCUCCUGCCUACAUCACGCGCUUGGAAACCGCUAGCGAUGUUCUCAAGAGCAACAUUGUGGUGAACGUCUUCCAGCGAAAGUUUGAGGUGCCGCAGGCACCCCGGAGCGAUGAGCCCAGCAGCGCUCGGUUGGAUGCCAGCUGGGGCCUGCAGCCACGGGCAUUGGUGCGAGGCUUUGUGAAGGUCCAUGCCCAGUGGUUCAUGGUGUUGGAGAAUGCACGUCUUCCAGCCCAUCAGGAGUGGCCCUUAGCAGGCGGGAUGUAUCCCACCAAUCUGAAGCCCGAAGUGCACCAUCAUCGUAGCAAGUGGGCAAGCUUCCAUUCCUUGGUGCAACCAGAGGUGUCAAGGGCAUCGUCUCUCAUUGGAUCCAUGUUGGUGGGAUUCUCGAAGUUCCACUUUGUCCUGGACGGCAAGCAGGCUGGGAAGCUCCUGGGACCAGUGCGACCCAGAUACCUGUUGCAUGCCACCUACUGGGAGAACGUUGCCGGCAUCCUGACAGAAGGUAUCGUUCCAGCGAAGAAUCCAUUGUCUGAUAUCAGAAAGCCCUUUAAGGAUUUGUUGCAGGGCGCCGAGUCUCAUGUCUACACCAUGCGCAGCACCGACCUCGGGUGCCUUGAGUCGAAGGUGGUAAGCUUCAUAGUGGACAAGGAGCAAGUCGGCCUCGAUCGACAACCUGAUGCCAUUUUCGUCAUUGAUACCAGCAAAGCCGAGAAGAUGGGAAUCGAUCUUGAGAUGGUCCAAUCAGGUGAUGACCGUGAGGACAAUAUCUAUGUCCGAGGCCGGAUCCCUGCCGAGAUCCUGACAGCUCAGCCGAACAUACCGAGGAAUUUGCCAGACACACUCAAGGCGAAGAUUGUGGAUCCAAAGUCGUUCGAACAGAUCCCCAUCAUCGAUUUGGCUCUCAGCGAGGCUUCCCGAACACAUGACAUGCCACUACAACCUGAGGUGGUGGGUUUCAUGCAAGUUGUGGGGCAUGGCGUUCCAUUGGAGUUGCAGGAGAAGGCCUUGGAUCUUCAGAAGAGAUUCUUCCAGCUCUCCCAGGAAAAGAAGGCCUCGUGCGCGGGUACUUUGGUCGAGGUGGUGAGGAGCGCGGGCUCGCAUGUGAGUGGUUUGAGUGGUCACGCAGACUCCAUCCAAAAAUCUCGGAAGGACUGCAAGGAGGCCUUGGACAUGAAUGGCGUCCCUUGGGCCAAGCCUAAGGGAGGCUUUAUCGGAGAAAUUUUCGGCCAGCCUUCGCAGAUGCCUUCCGAGGAGGAGCUUCCAGGGUUCAGGGAAGUCAUGGAACAAUAUGCCUUAGAGAUGUUCAAGCUCUCAAAGAGGUUGCUUGAGCUGAUGGCGUUGAUCUUAGGAAAGCCCAGAGAUUUCUUCCACCAGUUUUUAGACCAGCCGGUUGCCACUCAUCGGCUGCUGCACUAUUGGCCUAUCAAGGAUUUCAAUUUGGAGAUCGGCGUUGGGGAGCAUACGGAUUACGGGCUGUUGACCAUCUUGAAGCAGGAGCAGCAGAGAAAGAAGACAUGA